GGGGCGGGGCGCGGCGGCGGAGGCGGCGGUGGCGCGGCGAGGGGACUAUGUCGGCCCCGUUUGAGGAGCGCAGCGGGGUGGUUCCGUGCGGGACGCCGUGGGGCCAGUGGUACCAGACCUUGGAGGAGGUGUUCAUCGAAGUGCAGGUGCCGCCCGGCACUCGCGCCCAGGACAUCCAGUGCGGCCUGCAGAGCCGGCAUGUGGCCCUGGCCGUGGGGGGCCGCGAGAUCCUGAAGGGUAAACUCUUUGAUUCUACCAUAGCUGAUGAAGGAACGUGGACGUUGGAGGACAGAAAAAUGGUCCGGAUUGUUCUUACGAAGACAAAGAGAGAUGCAGCAAAUUGUUGGACUUCUCUUUUAGAAUCUGAAUACGCAGCUGACCCUUGGGUCCAAGACCAGAUGCAGAGGAAACUUACGCUCGAGAGGUUCCAGAAAGAGAAUCCUGGUUUUGACUUCAGUGGAGCAGAAAUCUCAGGAAACUACUCUAAAGGUGGACCAGAUUUCUCAAAUCUUGAGAAAUAACCAUCACUCAUAUUUUUAUUUUUUAAUUUUUUUUUUUGCUGCAUUAUGUGGAACCUAGCAUAAUUUGCCACUUUAAUCAAAGGAACAGAUUGUGUGAUGGAAGAAAAAUGUAGAAAAUGUAGAUGCCUACAGUUAACAAAUUUGCAAAAUAUAUUUAAAUAUGGUUUCUGAAAUUGCAUUCAAAUAUGAUUUACAUGGAAAACAUUGUGAAUACUGUGGUGACUACUUUAUUAAUAUAUAAUAACAUUUUUUGGACUUAAUUUUGCUCAGCGUGAGGUUUUCUAUGUUGUAUUUUACUAAUUUCAUAUUUAACUUGUAUUUUUAAUACGAAAAAAAUAUUAGGGUAUAUGUCAUGUGAAAUAACAGGGUGCCUUCAGGGAAAAUUGAAUUUUUCUUUCAAUAAGUGUGACAGGGAUAUGUUCAAUAAACUUUUCUAA